UGAACGGCUCGUUAUUCUCCGUUGUCCGUGCCUAUUGCCUGUGCCUAUUUUGUUUAAGUUUUAAGCCUUAUUGCCUGUGCUUAUUGUGUUGAAAAUACUUAAUCCUUUUCCAAAGGAAUAAAAUUGUGAAAUUUCUUUGUGUCGUUUUUUUUACCAGAGAGAAACCUUUUUACCUGAGAGAGGACAUGACGGGUCAAAGUCUGUAACCGUAAGAUGCUGUUGCGCACUACUGCCCUCUGACCAAGUGGAUGUAGUGGACUACUUUUCCACUUUUCUUAGAGUACAUCAUCUAUUUUUCAAGACUAGAGAUGAUAAAUUGAUAUUUGGUUCAUAAUCGUGCUGUGUAGAAGUCUGUGGUUUUCCUACACCGUGUUUCGAGUUUCGAGCUCACUUUUUUCGUGACCGGCCAUCGGCUGCUUGAGUUUGAUAUCCUUAUUAUUCCGUGGCUGAUCCUGUUAUCACGAAUGUUAGGCAACAUCGUCAAAAAUAGUCUCUUACUGCGCGAUAAGAGUGCACUGUUUAGAAGAUACAAUGUACGGCAGAUAUCGUACAAUAGUAGAAGUAGAUGGGACGAGGUGGCUUCUAGGAAUCGAAGCACAGCAUUGGAAAAUGAGGAUUACUUGGAUAAGCCUAUAAAAUAUUCCAUGUCAAAAGCUGCUACUAUGAGAAUUGAAGAGUAUCGUGAUCCAUAUGGAGAUAGUAGACCAUGGUAUCAGGGAUAUGUUGUAUCAGCGAGCUUAGCUGUCUUCCUAAUUUAUUUCUGCAUCUUAAGAGAGGAGAAUGAUAUCGAUGAUUUAAUAUAUUGUGACUUGAACGAAACGUUAAGCAGAGUGAAGAGGGAAGAAGAAGAGAAGCUAAAACUUAAGUCAAAAUAGGACAUCUAUUUAUCUGAAAUAGUAUUUCUCGAUUUGUUUUGCAAAAUUCUUUGUUAGGUAAUUGUUUUUGUUGUAUAAUGUACAUACGCUUUCCGUAAGAAUUAUCUUAGCAGACAUUUGAUUUAAUGUACAGUAUUAUUUAUCUAAAUACAUUCUGUACUGAAUAG